UGUUGAUGUUUUGAUCCGGAUUUCUGUACCGUCUCAAUGGUCGUUUUUCACCGCGCCGUGCGAAGUGCGUUAUUGCCAAUAUUCCCGUGACGUGUGAGAAACGGGGUCUUUCUCGGCGCUUCUCUCGGGAAGCAUAGAGGCCGAGGCGGAAGGCGAUGAUGGAGGACUUCGACGAGAUUUACGAGGAGGAGGAGGAAGAGGAGGACGAGGACAGGGCCGCGGAGGAGCAGCUGCUUAAAUACGCUCCGGACCCGGUGGUAGUGCACGGAUCCGGACACGUCACUGUGUUUGGACUGAGCAAUAAAUUUGAGUCGGAGUUUCCCUCAGCCCUUACGGGAAAGGUAGCACCAGAGGAGUACAAAGCCAGCAUAAACCAUGUGAACAGCUGUCUGAGGAAGGCUCUACCGGUGAAUGUGCGCUGGCUGCUUUGUGGCUGUCUGUGCUGUUGCUGUACUCUGGGCUUUAGUCUGUGGCCAGUCAUUUGUCUUAGCAAAAGGACACGCAAGUCCAUAGAGAAGUUAUUGGAGUGGGAAAACAGCCGAUUGUAUCACAAGCUGUGUUUGCAUUGGAGGUUAAGCAAAAGGAAGUGUGAAACCAACAACAUGAUGGAAUAUGUCAUCCUAAUAGAGUUUCUACCCAAGAUACCCAUCUUCAGGCCGGAUUAGCAGCGGCAGGCCAGAACGCAAGCCUCCGGUGUGGUCUUCCUGAGGUGCCUUUCUCUGGUACUGUCAUGGUUUAAUCAUGUGGCCUCUUCCCCUUUACUUUCACACACUGAGCAAGAGACUCACCUCAGACCCAAAGGGCCACUACUACGCUCCUCACUGAGAAAGCACUGUUUACAACCCACACACACACGUUUGCACAGACUAGUGCACACGUCUGUGCUGUUCUAGAUUCAUGAGUGCAUGAAUACUCACAGAUGGACCUUUACUAUCACAUGAUUACACAAAACCUGUGAGGAGACCAUGGAAAGAAAGCUCCAAACUGGACCGUCUACUCUCCCUUAAUCACACAAUCUACACACAAGCUAAUUGACUUCCUGUUGCCUACAGCUUUCUGAAUCACUGUGGAAUGGAGCAGGACGAUCUUAGGAAGUGGCAUCUAUGUGAAAUAAUCUGUAGAAAUAAACUCUGUUACUGUAUUGGUUAAAAGAUGGAUUUUUGUUUUUUUAUUAAUGAUGCAUAAGGAACGGUUGAGGUCAACCCAGGAUCAGAUAGCUGAGAGCCAAAAGUACACGGUUACUGCACAAUGCAUAGUUUUCCUAUCUCUCCUUCUCACAAAUUAUCAAGCAUACUCAAAGACAGUCAAACACUGACUGUGCCACCCAUCGACUAGACUCUGAUGGGACUUUUGCGAGUCUAGUUCAGUUCACCCACCUGAUUCGGUCCAGGUGCACCAAUGGGCAGUGAUGCAGCACAGAAAUCAUUUUGGUGUUCUCUUUUUGUUUUUUUGGUUUUUAUUUGCCUUUUGUUUACUUGCUCUGUUUUAAAAGAUGAGCAGCAAAUGUUUGUCUCUUGAUUUGUGUGCGUGGGUGAUUGUUUCUGUCUGUCCCUAUGACAUACCUUGGUUGUCAUUUGCUCAAAUGUAAGGCAAAUCAAAAACAUUUCUAAAUAUCUAGGUCAUAUGAAAAUGUUAAAAGACACAUUAUAGCAUCAAUUAUUGUGGGCCAAACUAAACUUAUAUAUUAUUAUUUUUUUAUUAUGUAAAUCACAUUUUUUGGAGCUUCACCAAGGCAGAAAGAAUCUUUUUUUAUUUAAUGUUUUUUCAUUUAUUUGAUUUUCAUCUCUUUCAAUCCUGGGUACGGUGUGAAAUUUUCUUUAUUGUGAAGACUGUUUAUGCAGGCCUUUUCUCUUUAGUGAACUAUACUUGUGUAAAUGUAUCUAAAUGUUGGUUUAUAAGGCAGUAAUAUUCCAUUUGGUCCUAUUAGAUCUCAAAACAUAAAAAGUACAAAGUGUGCGUGAUUACUUAUAUUACUUAAAUAACAGUGUCCUUCUAGUUCUUGUUUGAUGUCACCCCAAAUGCCAGGGACAUCGUUUUUUUUUUUUUUCUUAAACAUUAUUUCUGUGUAUUUAUGUACAAUGUGUGUACAGAAAUAAAAUAUGCCCAGCUUGACAUUUAUGGCAUGUCACUUAUAGGUAAAUUAGCAUACAAUUGUUUUGUUCUAUGACUGAUUCUGAAAGUCUUUGUCAGAUUAGAUUCAGUGCACAAUUAGUGACCUAGUACAUGAUUUUAAAGUCUCAAAAUCCACUUUGUUUUACCCCAUAGCUGAGGUGUAAUUCAAUAUUUUUGAUAAAUCAGAAAACAAACAGCUGCAUUUUAACUAAUGAUCCCAGAGUCAAUGGCAGGACAUCUCAGUUAAACAUGUAUUUUAAAAGACAUCAGUUACAACAGCACAGACAGAACAUUUAGACCGAUGAAAGUGUAGUCAGCGAUUCUAGACAAAGUCAGUGUGUAUCAGGGUAGCUCUCACUUCUCCCAUGUGUCUCCAUAUAUAUUCUUUCCUGUUUACCAAAGAAAGAGGGGGAAACAAAUUCUUAUGGCAACCUCUUAUAUUACCAGUAAAAAUAUUUCUCAAUACAUACAUACAUUUAAACCCCCGUUACUCAACAGACGUAUGUGUCUGUGGCCCACAUGAUGUCAUCAUCACGUCACAAAAUUAUUGAAUGUGAAUGAAUUUUGAGUUCUCAAUUUUCUAGAGCAUUUACAGUAGUUCUCAGUAUUGCUAAACUGCUGAACCGUUAUGGAGGAAAAGAAAUGGCAAACUAAUAAAAGUAAUGAAUUAAACUACAAAUCCGUGAAUAUAAAUAUGAGAAUAAGCCACUUUAUAGAGGGUCAGUCUGCAUGCGCGCCUUAAUAACAGUUUGUGCGUGCUCCCAUUCAGUUCAAACAUGCACAUGCUAAGUCUCUCUUCCACACCUGCUUGUUACUGCUAUACUGCGCAUGAACCCAGUGUCGGGUGACAAACCAACUCCGAGAUAUACUGUGUGGUCGUUGUGAACAGAAUUAACGGAAAAAGGGUAACCCUGCUAUAACGUGUAGAGACCUCUCACAAAUGCUUUAUUUUUAGUGAUUUGUGUUACCUAAAAUAACUCUGAAAAGAGGGCAAUAGAUAAUGAUGUCUCAUUAAAGCACUUUUCUGAGCUAGUAUUGGAUAUAAAUGUGUUGUUUUGAGGGCACUAUCUCUGGUGUGUGUGUGUGUGUUCAUUAGGCCAGUGUGUCAUGACAAUCUUUGACAGUGACAACAGAACAGAUCAUCUUUCUAAUCAUA